AUGACUAUGGCAGCUCGCGCAAUUCAGCCCUCCACGGUGCCGCGAGUCACAGAACUACCACCCUUCAACGGCGCGUCAAGCGAAUGGCUGCCCUGGAAGAUGGCCUAUGAAGAGUCUGCGGGGCAGCUGACCGAGCAAGAAAACUUGGGUAGAUUACGUCGGUGUUUAAAGGGUGCGGCCAAAGAGGCUGCACACUGUCUUUUCGUCGGGGAUACGUCUGCAGCAGAAGUAAUACAAUUACUUGCUACGAGGUUCGGCCGUCCAGGAGCACUCGUGAUGGCCGAGAUGAAUAAACUUCGUGCGCUGCCGCGGCUGUCAGACAACCCCAAGGACAUCUGUCUAUUCGCAUCCAGAAUAGCCAAUGUCACUGCAACAAUUCAAGCCCUGAAGAAGAACCACUAUUUGUACAACGAAGAAGUGACAAGAUCCAUCACGGAGAAGAUGCCUUCUGCGCUACGAUUCAAAUACUACGACUUCGUAGCAGAACAGCCAGCUGAUCAACCGGACCUGAUAACGCUCUCCAAGUUCCUGCAAAUCACCGCAGCCAGGUGCGGUGACUUCGCACCCGCCGAAAUAAUAGUAAAUGAAGACCGGCGGGAGCCAGCAACGAAGAGAAGCGUGAAAACAUACAUCACGCAGGAGAAACCGACUUCACCGCCGUGUCCGACGUGCAACAGGGAGGGACACGCACCACCCGAUUGCAUCACUGUGAAGAACGCCGAGCCACAAGCAAGAUGGGAGAUAGCAAAAAAACACAGGCUAUGUUUCCGUUGCCUGAGGAUAAAAAGAUUUCGUCACAACUGCAAGACGAAGAGAUGCAACGUUGGUGGGUGUACACACCUACAUCACCCACUCCUGCACGUCGACACCAUAGAGAAGAAGGACAGCGAGCCCUCCGAUGAUAAAGCAGCCGCAGUCGUCGCGUCUGCGAGAGAAGAUAAGAAGAUCGCAUUCCUCAAGAUAGUGCCGAUACAAGUGAUCGGUCCCAAAGGAACGUGCGAUACAUACGCACUCCUGGACGACGGCGCAACGUGCACCAUCAUCGAAGAAGCAACAGCGAAGCAAAUCGGCGCCACUGGUCCUCCCGCACCCUUCUACAUAGAGGCCGUGGCCGGGACACGCAUAAACGCCGAUGAAUCGAAGCUUGUCCACUUCACAAUACGGGGACGAAGAUCGGAAGAUCAUGCCGUGUCUGCGCGAACCAUGAAGAAACUACUGUUAUCUCCACAAACAGUAUCACGCAGCGCAAUAGAAGACUGUCCACACUUGUACGAUAUAAUAGAUCAGCUGACAUAUGAAGAAGGUCAACCGACGGUUCUGCUGGGUCAAGACAACUGGCAUUUGCUGCUCGCACAUGAAGUCAGAAGAGGCAAUAAGACACAACCGGUCGCAUCACUCACCGACCUGGGUUGGGUGUUGCACGGCACGGGAGCGGCGAGAGCGAGACAGCAAGUGCACAGAAUCAGUCACUUAGUCGACGGGCAAGAAAAUGAAGAAUCCAUAGAGCGAUUAAUGAAAGAACACUUCGCUCUCGAAUCACUGGGCGUCACACCGAAGCGCUCAUACAAUGAAGAGGAACAACGCGCGCUGAAAAUAUUGCAAGAAAAAACUCGCCCGUUACCGGCGGGAGGCUACGAGACCGCGUUGCUAUGGAAACGCGACAACGCAACGCCGCCGGCUAACUACGACUCAGCAAUGCGACGCCUCGAGUUAAUUGAGAAAAAACUCGACAAGAAUGAAGACAUGAAGAACAGAUAUAAACAGCAAAUUACCACGCUGUUAGAAAGGGGAUAUGCAGAAAUCGCCCCACCGGUGAAGACUGAACGAGUAUGGUACCUGCCACACUUCGCUGUCAUCAACCCACAGAAACCGGACAAGCUGCGCAUCGUGCACGACGCCGCCGCCAAGACAAGGGGCAUUAGUCUCAACGACAUGCUGCUGUCGGGACCCGACCUACUCCAAUCACUACCUGGGGUCCUCAUGAGGUUCCGACAGCGCCGUGUGGCGGUCACAGCGGACAUCAAGGAUAUGUUCAUGCGUGUCACAAUACGAGAAGAAGACCGAGACAUGCAACGGUUUCUAUGGAGAGGAGAUCGACGCCAGGGUCCAGCUGUCGAAUAUAGGAUGAAGAGCGUCAUCUUCGGGGCCACUUCGUCGCCAUGCACGGCGAUAUACGUGAAGAACAAGAACGCCGAACUACAUAAAGAAGAGUUCCCGGAGGCGGCUGCAGCGGUGGUUGUCAAUCACUAUGUUGACGACUACCUCGCUAGCUUCGACACUGAAGAGCAAGCCGUACGAGUCUCAAGCGAGGUCGCCUACAUCCACAGCCGGGCGAACUACUAUCUUCAGCGCUGGGCAUCGAACUCGCGCCAUGUACGAGAAGAGUUCUCACAUAGAAAUGAAGAGAACAUGGUGCAACUCGACGCUGAGAAGAUACUGGGAAUGGUGUGGCGGCCUGAGGAAGACAGUCUCGGGUUCAACUUCAACGGGAACAAACUUCCGUUACACAUCAUACGAGGCGAACGCACCCCAACGAAGAGAGAAGCCCUCCGCGCCGUUAUGUCGCUGUUCGACCCAUUGGGCCUGGCCACACCCGUCACAAUACAAGCCAAGAAGAUAUUACAAGAAACGUGGCGCACGGGUAUCGGCUGGGACACCGAACUGCAAGAACGGGAAGCAGCAGCGUGGCGGAGCUGGAUAUCGCACGCACAGCAGUUACCCCACUUGGUAAUACCACGGUGUUACCCCGGUGUGGCGACGGCACGUACGACGGAGCUUCACACAUUCGUCGACGCGAGCUCAGAUGCAUACGCCUGUGUCGUAUACUGGCGGGCCGUAUGCGUGACCGGCGAGGUACGUGUGUCACUCAUCGCAGCCAAGGGAAGAGUGGCCCCUUUGAACAAGGUCACCACUAUACCACGUCUGGAGCUGCAAGCGGCCGUACUAGGGAGCCGCCUGUCACGCACGGCUGUCGAAGAACACGAUCUGAAACCUGCCCGUCGUGUCUACUGGUCGGAUUCGCGUACCGUACUGUCUUGGUUACGCACCGGGCCGCGUGCAUUCAAGCCCUUCGUCGCUCACCGAGUCGCUGAAAUUAUGGAAGAUACGAAAACGAACGAGUGGAGAUGGGUGCCGACGGCCGACAACGUCGCGGAUGAUGCCACACGCGACGUGCCACACCACUUCACUUCAACACACAGAUGGUUCCGGGGGCCGCAGUUUCUAUAUCGACCAGAAGAAGAGUGGCCUCAUGAAGACGAUUCCCACCAUACGGAAAAUACAAGCGAAGAGCGCGCCCACACCAUACAAGAUGCAACACGAUUAUCUCGAGCGUUGCCCGAUCCCGCGCGAUUCUCCGACUGGAUGAAGAUCGUCCGCAGUACGGCCCGCGUAUUGCAAUUUAUAGAUAAAUUACGACCACUCAAACAACACUGCGCCGUCGCUACCCACAAGAGAAACAAAAAACAUGAAGACGAUCCCACGUGGCGAAGCAACAAGAUAAGAAAACCAGAACCGUCGAAAAGAAAAAACGUACGUGCGCCUGUGUGUUAUAUACCCAUAGACACACACUACUUAGAACGCGCCCGUCGGCUAUGGAUCCGCUCAAUACAGGAAGAGGCAUUCAGCAUCGAUAUAGCGGCGUUGCGACGCAAUAAACAACUGUCGUCGAGUAGUCGACUUAUACAGUUGUCCAUUUUUAUCGACGAAGACAAUGUGCUGCGACUCCGCUCAAGGGUGUCGGCUGCCGUCGAUCUGUCCGCGGAGCAACGGGAACCACCCAUAGUCGACGGUCAACAUGUAUGGGUACGCCUGUACAUAGCAUGGGUGCACAGAAAACUUCAUCACGGGGGCUUCGAAACCACUGCGAACGAGGUGCGUCAACACAUGUGGGUGUUGCGCCUACGACAUGCCGUUCGUAGUGAACUGAAGAGAUGCCAAACGUGCCGCAUCAGGAAAGCAGCACCAGCACAACCAUCAACGGGCAACCACCCACGCAGCAGGCUGGCACAUCAUCAGCGGCCGUUCACCUUCACCGGCCUAGACUACUUCGGGCCGAUGACAGUGACGGUGGGUCGCACGCAUCAGAAGCGGUACGGCGUGCUGUUCACAUGUCUCACCACGAGGGCUGUGCACCUGGAGAUCGCCGGCAGCCUCAGCACCGACUCCGCAGUAAUGGCUCUGCGGCGCUUUAUAAGCCGCCGCGGGUGCCCCACGGAGCUGUGGUCGGACCAAGGCACCAACCUCAAGCGACCUCGAGAUGAAGAAAGCAGCCGCUGA